AAAAUAUAGUUACAUCAUUCACUAUGCCUCCGAAGAAACCAGCUCAAGCUGCCGCCGGUAGUAAAAAAACGCAAGAAAAGAAGAAGGAAAAGAUCAUUGAGGACAAGACAUUUGGUUUGAAGAACAAAAAGGGAGGAAAACAACAGAAAUGUAUCAAGAAUGUCUCUCAGCAAGUCAAGCAAGUUCCUGGUAGUAAGGUUGGUGCGGAAGGGGACAAGAACAAAAAGGGUGACAAGAAGAAAGAGUUAGAUGAGCUGAAGAACCUUUUCAAGCCAGUGGUGGCUGCUCAGAAAGUUGCUAAAGGAGUGGACCCAAAAUCAGUUCUCUGUGCCUUCUUCUAGCAAGGCCAAUGCACCAAGUGAGACAAGUGCAAGUUCUCCCACGAUUUGACACUCGAGAUGAAGUGUGAGAAACGGAGCCUCUAUAUUGACAAGAGAGAUGCCGAGCUUGAGAAAGAUACCAUGGAUAAUUGGGAUGAGAAGAAGCUGGAGGAGGUAGUGAACCAGAAGCACGGAGAAGCUGAAAAGAAGAAAGCUCAAAGCUCAAAAACUCAAAUUGUUUGCAAGCAUUUCCUAGAUGCCAUUGAAAACAACAAAUAUGGUUGGUUUUGGGUAUGUCCUAGUGGAGCUGACACUUGUAUGUACCGCCAUGCAUUGCCUGCUGGGUUCGAGCUCAAGAAAGACAAGAAAAAGGACAAAAAGGAAGAUGAAAUCUCAAUGGAAAAGUUGAUAGAGAAUGAGCGAUCUGUCACCCACCAGUGA